CACGGCUGCCCAUCAGCGGCCAUCUUUUUUUCUCCUAUUCGUUUUAACGUUCUACCACUAUAGUAAACGAAAACUUACUUUAAUCUAGAUUUGAUGUAUUCAUGUAUUCAUGAUUAAGUCUUAUUUAGUGCUCCCUUCUUGUGUCAACAUUAUAAACAAAUAAAUAAAAUAUAUAUAUAUAUAUAUAUAUAUAUCAAGUGAUAUAACUUAUAAUAUAUAAUAAUGGUUCUGGAUCAAGACGUAUUAACAGUGUUAAAAUUAUUAAUGAUAGGAGAAUCUAAUGUUGGAAAAUCAAGCAUAAUUCUUAGAUUUACGGAGGAUGAAUUUCAUGAAAAUAUGCAAAGCACAGUUGGAAUGGAUUAUAGGACUAAACAAGUUACAAUUGAUGGCAAUACAGUAAAACUUGCAAUUUGGGAUACUGCAGGACAAGAACGUUUUCGUACUCUGACACCUAGUUAUUACAGAGAUGGCCAGGGUGCCAUAUUAGUAUAUGAUGUUACAGAUAGAAUUACUUUUAUGAAGUUAGAAACGUGGCUUAAUGAGUUGAAUACAUAUUGUAAUAAAACAGAUAUUAUUAAAAUGGUAGUGGGUAAUAAAAUAGAUUUACCAAACAGAGAAGUAAGCACUGAAGAAGGUCUACAAUUUGCUAGAAGACAUCAAACUCUAUACAUUGAAAGUAGUGCUAAAACAGCAGAUGGAAUCAAAUGUUGUUUUGAAGAACUUGUACAAAAGAUAAUACAAACACCUGGUCUUUGGGAUCGACAUACUCUUCUUAAAUCAUAUGGUAAUGGUAAUAUAGGAAGUACAAGACACAGAGGUCAAAGAGGGAUACAAUUAGCAGAUGAUUCUCAACCACAUGAACCAUAUUCAAAUUGCUAUUGUACUUUGAUUUAAUCAAUUGUAAUAUAAAAUUCUAUCAGUGAUUAUUGUAAAGAAACCAUAACUUGAAUAUGGUCUAUUCAAAAACUAAACAUUAAAUUGUGUGAAUUUUGAAGACAUACAAAAAAUAAUUCAGCAUAUUAUUACUUUGUAUAUGUUAUUGAAAUGUUUUAUAUGUUAUCAAAGAUAUAUACAUAUAUUAAAUUUAUGCAUUAAUAAUAUCGAAAUUUUUGAUAUGAGUAAAUUUGAGAUUUUUUUCUAUAUUUAUUAAUAACUUUAUUCAACAAUGUACAUAUUUUCUAUUUUUUUAAUCAUUUUUUUUUUAUAUUUUUCUAAUUUUUUUCUUUCUUUCUUUCUUUCUUUCAUUCAGAAUUUCGCAUAUUAUGCAAAAAAUUGUUUAAAAAAAAUUGAGAAAACGUAUAUUAUUAAUGCAUUAACUGAUACAUACAUAUAUAUACUACUUGCUUCUAAUUUCUAAUUCUUUAAUAAAUAGUCAAAUUUUAUAGAUAUUUGUAAUACAAAAUUUAUAUUGUUGUGUAGCAACAACAAUAUUCAUGUAAAUAUAUUAUGUAUUUAUUUAAUUUAAUAAUCAAUAAAUAUUAAUAGAACAACAAUAAUGUCAAAUCAUAAACAAA